AUGGCUGGCGGUACUAGCUCUUUGGACGGCAAGCUUCUUGUCGCUGCCAUAGACUUUGGGACAGCAUACAGUGGUUAUGCCUUUUCUUUUCGGAAUGAUUACCGUCUGGAUCCCUUAAAGAUUGAAGUAAACCACUGGACCGGAAAUGCGUCCCAAACGAUGUCACCAAAGGCUCCUUCAUCUGUUCUCUUGAAUCCUGACAAAACCUUCAAAUCUUUUGGAUAUACGGCAGAAGAAGAAUAUUCAAGUCUUGUCGAGAAUGGGCAGCACCGAGAUUGGUACUUCUUUACGAAGAUUAAAAUGAGACUGCUCUAUCAUGAGAAAAUUUCUCGAACAGCUACUAUUGAAGAUGAAUGUGGUAAACCAGUGCUAGGGCUAACCAUUCUUAGUAUGAUCAUUCGCUACCUUAAAGGAGAUUUGUUUAAAAGAUUGGAGCAGAGAGGAAUGCCUUUAAGAGAUCAAGACAUUCUUUGGGUGCUUACGGUUCCUGCCAUUUGGUCAGAUGCUGCUAAACAGUUCACCAAGGAAGCUGCAGAAGAGGCGGGAAUAAAACCUAAUGAUGUCAUGCUGGUGUAUGAACCAGAGGCUGCAGCAUUGUAUUGUCGAUUUCAAACAAACCAAAAUAUUGCCAAUGUGAAAGAUGAAAGCAAUCUUUUGAAGAAAAAGAUGUUGGUGUUUGAUAUGGGAGGGGGCACAACAGAUAUAAGCGCCAUUGAGAUCAAAAGUGAGAAAGAAAUUCACAUCGUAGAAAGAGCUUGUGGGGGCGCAUUUGGCGGAGUCUACAUUAACGAAAAGUUUAUUCAGUGGCUGGAGGACGUGUUUGGAAAAGACACUAUAACGAAAUUUAAAACAGAACAUCGAUCUGACUAUAUGUUGCUGAUUGAAAAUUUCGAAAACAAAAAACGUUUAAUAGACCCAAGCAAUGACAAAAAGAUAUGCCUUCCGAUCCCCUUGUCUCUAAAAUCAAUCGCAGAAAAACUUUGGGGGUAUUCUAUCCAAGACCGGUUUAAAAAGAUGGAAAUAAAUGACGUGCAGCUUAAAGGUCGCGGGAAGGUAUUCUUUCCCUCUUCGUUUUUGUUAGAAAACUUUUUCAUCCCGAUUGGAAAAGAUGUUUUUGAGGAGCUGCAACAUAUCCUCUCCAAACAUGCAGAUAUUGACUGCGUGGUGGCCGUUGGAGGGUUAGCUCAGUCUCCUGCCGUUGUCUCUGAGAUUCGGAAAUACACAAGAGACAUACCUGUGUACGUUCCGUUCGAUUCAUCCUUAGCAGUAGUCAGUGGUGCAGUGCUAUAUGGACAUGAGAAUAAUAUCAUUAAAGCUAGAGUCUGUCCUUAUUCUUAUGGCAUUCAAACGAUGAGACCGUUUAUUAAAGGAGAUGAUGAAAAGAAAAAGGUUGUUCAAGAAGGAAAAACGUGGUGCAAACAAUGUUUUAGAGCCCUUUACAACGCUGGAGAUCUUGUGAAACUAGGGGACGUGUCUUCAUAUGACUUGGAGGAGUCAUUUGAAGAUGAAAACAGAAAGCAUAAGCGGUUUCUCCCAAUACGCUGCGUUAUGUUUAUAUCGAAGAAAAAAGAUGUUAAGUAUAUCACCGACAAGGGAUGCAUUGAACAUGGAACAAUCGAAAUUGAAGCUCCAGAAAAUGGAUUUCCAGUUCAUUAUGAAUGUACUGUUGAACUUGAAUUUGCUGGAACAGAAAUUAUCGCUCGUUUAAAAGACGAAAAAGGUACUAAAACUAUCAGACUAGAAUUCAUGAAUUAAGGAGUAAAUCAUUCUCUCAAUGUGCUGUUGUAUUCUUAUAUGAGAACUUAGCGAUGGACUGAUAUGUUAUUUCUAAUAAAAGAAUUAAGAAACAUUAUUUGAAGAAAUCUGCAAAAUUAAAAAAAAAUUAGCAUAAAGCUUUCUAAUAAAUUUCAUAAAUUUAACAAAUUUGUACAACACCUAAACCUAACUCAAUCUAGUUUUUACAUGAAGAAGUAUAUGAAUCAUUUAUUACAAUUUAGAUUUCUACAUUUAUUCGUUGUUUGUUGACCGUUGAUUUUUAAUUAUUUAGACUUUUUUUUAAAUCCGUAAAUAAUAUUGACCAAAUCUAGUGUGCAACGAGAUGAAGAAAAUAAACUGAGAAAUUGUGAAUUUAGAGAUGAC